UCCCGGUGUCCCCGUCAUGGCGGCCUCUCUUCUGCUGCGGCGAGGACCGUCCGCGGCGCUGAAGACUGUGCUCCUAGAAGCACGAGUGUGUCGAGGACUUGCUUCCACGGUUUCCCUCUCUGCAGAAUCAGGGAAGACCGAAAAGGGACUGCCGCCGAAUACCAAGAGGCAAAGUCCACCAAAAAAGCCCGCUCAAGCCGCCAGCCCCGCCGAGCCGUUCGAUAACACCACGUACAGGAACCUCCAGCACCAUGACUACACCCCGUACACCUUCUUAGACCUCAACCUGGACCUGUCCAAGUUCAGGAUGCCCCAGCCCUCUUCCGGACGGGAGUCCCCUCGCCACUGAGCGCUCCCUUGACAGAAGAAAGCUUCCGGUGUCUGGGCAGCAGAAUAAAACCCGCUCCGGCCAUGCCGUGCGU